AUGUCAUCUAGCACUCAGGGUGAAAGCUCUUGUUUGAGCUGUCGCGCCAGGAAGGUGAAGUGCGACCGAGUAUCACCACAAUGCUCGCCAUGCAAGAAACGGAAGCUCAACUGCGAGAUUCCAGUAGCCCCGCCAAGGGUACGUUGGCUACGCCCGCGCCUGAAUGAAGUUUCCGAGGACGAUGUGGAGGAUUUGCAUGCGAGGCGACGGCCUUUGUUCACUGCCCAUGAUCUAGCCCACAAUGCUGCUCAAUUGGUAUUUAUCACGGGUGAUAACCCAGUUGUGUCAAUUCUAGAUGAAUUAGACCAGCAAACUGAUGGUAUUGGAAACGAUCAGACCUUGUGCAAUGGUCCAUUCCAUGUAUUCCAAGCUACAGAAAUGCCAUCAACUACUCAAUUCGAAACCCUUUCGGAUAUUUUUGACCCAGACCUCUGGAAUUCAAGGGUAACGAAUCUUGACGAGAUGAUGGAAGAGGAGAACGGGUACAGUCCCGAUCAGCUUGCAAAAUCUCCAGAGUUCCUGAGUCUGGAAGAUCCCUUAGAAUCCGAGACAUUCAUCUUGGACAAUAUUGACUUUAUGUGUCAACCAACUCCUCGGGCUCCGCAAUCUGUUAUUUCCCUUCCAUCAUCUCCGUCUCGCUCAUCUGCAUCAGACUUGGAGGAUUUCACCAUGCCACUCGCCAAAAUGCUCCUUGACCACUAUCGUCAUACAAUGGUGACAUUCUUCACUCCUGCUCGGGUUGAGGCUAAGUCGCCAUGGGAAUCCAUCUAUAUCCCCAGCUUGCUUAGCACGGUAGGCGAAAUCGGCUUAGCAGGGGACAGCAGUAAUGCAAAGGUCUCCCUGCUAUUUGCCGUAUUUGCAAUUAGUGCUUUUAGUCAAAGCCAAAGCUCUUCCCCGGAAGAACAAGGAUACCAAGAUUGGAAUGCUCUUGGCGAACUGUAUCGCGAAAGAGCUUCUAGACGAUUAAAACAAUCGCUCUUCAACCUAUCUCACGGCAACGACAAGAAGGAGAAAUAUAAGGAUAUUUUGAUGGCACUUCUAAGCAUGGUCACUAUCUGUGUGGUUAGUGGGAAGAUGGAAAAUGCGGCUCAUUACCUACGAGACAUUGAAGAGAUCAUCAACCUCCACGGCGUCCAAAAGGUUUCCCAAUCAUCGAAAGUGCGCAUGCUCCACAGUAUCUAUCUUUAUCUUCGGGUUGUGACUGAGCGAACUUGUAUUGAGAGCCGGUCUCAGCCGAAUAUUUUCGAAAACUCUUUAACUCUCUCCAUUUCCUCAUCCCAAGACAUCUCUACUUGGGACCGUCUAAUCGGGUUCUCUUCACCCUUCACUGAAGGCACUUUGAAUAUCGAUACACCUUCAAAAUCUACGUUUGAGGAAAUUUACUCUGUCCCUCAAUCUUUGUUUAAAUUGAUCCUUCAGACCACCCACUUGUCGGUAUUGAUCAAUAAAAUGCAAACACCCGGGAUAUCCCACAACAUCGACCAUGGCCCAUUAUUAGAACAAGUGAAAGAUCUGGAGAGCAGAAUUUGCACUUGGGAAUACGAGCCUCCAGGCAACUGGGAGUCCGCUCACACCCCUUUGCCCCAGAGAGAGAUUUUCCCAUAUCAUUUCGUCCAGGCAAUGUAUAAAGCGCUGAUCGUUUAUUUUUACCGCAGCGUCAGAGACGUCAACGCUACGAUAUUGCAAUUUUACGUUCAGCAGAUAAUUGAUCAUCUUUUUGAAUAUGACAAAAAGAAACAGAAACACAUGGAUCAAUCUGCUAAUACCUGCUGGCCUGGGUUUAUCGCAGGAUGCGAGGCACUUGAUCCUAAACUCAGAGAGCAGAUUUCCGAUUGGCUUGAACGGUCUGGUCGAUCUACUGGAAUUCGCAUGUUUAUUGUGGCUCUGGAAGCUUUGCAGAAAGUUUGGCAGACGAGAAGUCUACCGGGGAUGCAGAAUGCCCCUUGGAACCGAGUCUUGGAUGGGUUUAGUGAGCUAAGAGUACUUGUAUUGAGUUGA